AGGGUUGCAAGGCACCCAGCCGCAUCACUCCCCGUGUGAGCAGGCAAAUGCAACAUGCUCUCCAGCCUGGGGUGUCUACUUCUCUGUGGAAGUAUUGCACUUGCUCUGGGAAAUGCACAGAAAUUGCCAAAAGGUAAAAAGCCAAGCUUGAAAGUGCACAUCAAUACCACCAGCGACUCCAUCCUCUUGAAGUUCCUGCGUCCAAAUCCAAACGUAAAGCUGGAAGGUUUUCUCCUGGGAUAUGGCAGCAAUGUGUCUCCAAACCAGUACUUCCCUCUUCCCACAGAAGGGAAAUUCACAGAGGCUGUAGUUGAUGCAGAGCCCAAGUAUCUGAUAGUCGUGCGACCUGCUCCUCCUCCCAGCCAGAAGAAAUCAUGUUCAGGGAAAUCUCGCCCUCGCAAACCCCUCCAGCUGGUGGUGGGUACGUUGACACCGAGUUCUGUCUUCUUGUCCUGGGGGUUCCUCAUCAACCCACACCACGACUGGACAUUGCCAAGUCACUGUCAAAGUGACAGAUUUUAUACAAUUCGAUAUAGAGAAAAAGAUAAAGAAAAGAAAUGGAUUUUUCAACUCUGCCCAGCUACUGAAACAAUUGUGGAAAAUCUAAAGCCCAACACAGUUUAUGAAUUUGGUGUGAAGGACAAUAUAGAAGGUGGAAUUUGGAGUAAGAUUUUCAAUCAUAAGACUAUUGUUGGAAGUAAAAACAAAGUAAAUGGGAAAAUCCAAAGCACUUAUGACCAGGUCCACUCAGUGCCAGUCCCGAGGAAGCUAAUCCCACUAACGAUCAUUAAGCAAGUGAUUCAGAAUGUUACUCACAGGGCUUCAACCAAAUCCCCAGACAAGACUCCUUUUGGGGGAACAAUAUUAGUUCAUCUGAUUAUUCCCGGUCUUAAUGAAUCCACUGUAAAACUUCCCACAUCCAUAAUGCUUGAGAUUUCUGAUGCUCUCAAGGCACAAUUAGCCAAGAAUGAAACAUUGGCUUUACCAGCAGAAUCUAAAACGCCAGAGGUCGAAAAAGUAGCAGGGCAGCCAGUAACAGUGACUCCGGAAUCAGUUUCAAGAAGCACUAAGCCCACCCUGUCUAGUGCUUUAGACACUGCAGAGACAGCACUGGUCCUCAGUGAGAAGACGUCAGAAACAGCCCGCUCUGUUCUAAUACCUGAGUUUGAAUUGCCCUUGAGCACUUUAGCUCCAAAAAGGUUCCCAGAGUUUCCUGAGGCAAAAACAGCCUUCCCAUUGGAGAAACCUGGGGUUUCCUGGGCUUCAAGUGAGGAGCCAUGGGUGGUACCUGGAGCUAAAACAUCUGAAGAUUCCAGAGUCGUACAGCCUCAAACUGCAACUUAUGAUGUAAUCUCAAGCUCAACAACUUCUGAUGAGACUGAAGUAGAGCUUCGCACAGCAACAAGAGAUCCUAUUCUGGACUCUGUCCCACCUAAAACUUCUAGAACUGCUGAACAGCCAAGGGCAACACUGGCUCCAAUCAAAGCGUUAUUUGAAUCCCGAAAUGUGGAAAUCUUCACCAGUCCUGAAGUGCGACCUACAACGGCUGCUCCUCAGCAAACUACAUCUAUUCCUUCCACACCCAAACGACUAUCAACACCCAAACCGCCAAGAGUCAAGCCUGCCCCGGAACCUGAGACUCGAUCAUCUGCCCAGUCAACAAAGGCUCCACGCGAGACCAAAAAACCAGGUCGCCACCGCCUCCGCCGUCCUAAAACCACACGUAGUCCAGAAGUACCCAAGUCCAAACCUGCUCUUGAAUCUGCCACUGUGACACCGGAGAUCUUGGUACCCAAAAUUGUUCCCAAACCACCUCAGAAACCUAAAGCCACACGCAGGCCAGAGGUACCCCAAGUCAAGCCUGCACCCAGGCAGACAACCAGCAUGCCUCCCAAGCUCAAAACACCACACUCAAGGAUGCCAGCAAAAGAGCCAGUUCCUAAGGUACCUCUGCAUACGACUUCAAAGCCAAAACUGCCACCAAGUCCUGAAGUGGCAGACACUACAUCUGUUCCAAAAGAUGAACGACUUUCCCUUAAACCAGAUCCAGAGGUCACUCACAGUGAAACUGUUCUGCCUCCUGUCACCUUUAGAGUUGAGCCACCAAAGACAACAAUAGCACCUUUAGAGACACGGGGCAUUCCUCUCAUACCUGUGAUUUCACCAAGACCUAGUCAAGAGGAACUACAAACCGCCAUGGAAGAAACAGACCAGUCUACCCAAGAGCUCUUCACAACUAAGAUUCCACGAACAACUGAAAUGGCAAAGACAACUCAGGCACCACACAGAUUGCAUACAGCUCCUGUGAGGCCCAGAAUACCUGACAGGCCACAUGGCAAGCCUGCUCUGAACAAAACAACUACAAGGCCUGAUAAAACCAAACCCAGAGGGACGUCCCAUAAAAACGGAGUAGGAACAGGAACCAAGCAAGCACCUAAGCCACCAAGUACUGGGAGAAAUGCAUCAGUGGAUUCACAUGCCACAAGAAAACCAGGCUCAGUCUCAGGGACUCGUCGUCCACCCAUACCACAUAGGUAUACAUCCCCUCCACCUGUGCCUCCACAGAGAAGGCCUUUACCACCGAAUAAUGUCACCGGGAAGCCAGGAAGUGCAGGAAUUGUUUCCUCCAGCCGGGUAACUUCCCCACCCCUGAAGGCAACACUCAAACCUAUUGGGACAGCCACAGAGAGACCAGGGGCAGAGCAAAAGGGACCAACUGCUCCUGCUUCAGAAGAAGAAUUUGGUACUACAACUGACUUCAGUUCAAGUCCCACCAAAGAAACUGAUCACCUUGGGAAGCCCAGAUUCAUAGGUCCCCAUGUGCGAUAUAUCCCAAAGCCUGAAAACAAGCCCUGUUCCAUCACUGACUCGGUCAGACGGUUCCCUACAGAGGAAGCCACGGAGGGGAAUGCCACCAGCCCACCACAGAACCCACCCACCAACCUCACUGUGGUCACUGUCGAAGGCUGCCCCUCAUUUGUCAUCUUGGACUGGGAAAAACCUCUAAAUGACACUGUCACUGAAUAUGAAGUCAUAUCCAGAGAAAAUGGGUCAUUCAGUGGGAAGAACAAGUCCAUUCAAAUUACCAAUCAAACGUUCUCUACAGUAGAAAACCUGAAACCAGAUACAAGCUAUGAAUUCCAGGUGAAACCCAAAAAUCCACUUGGUGAGGGCCCCGCCAGCAACACUGUAGCGUUCAGUACGGAAUCAGCUGACCCAAGAGUGAGCGAGCCAAUUUCUGCAGGAAGAGAUGCCAUCUGGACUGAAAGGCCUUUUAACUCAGACUCUUACUCAGAAUGUAAAGGCAAACAGUAUGUUAAAAGGACGUGGUAUAAAAAGUUUGUCGGAGUGCAGCUAUGUAACUCUCUCAGAUACAAGAUUUAUUUGAGCGAUUCCCUCACAGGCAAGUUUUACAACAUAGGAGAUCAGAGGGGCCACGGAGAAGAUCACUGCCAGUUUGUGGAUUCAUUUUUAGAUGGUCGCACAGGACAGCAACUCACCUCUGAACAGUUACCCACCAAAGAAGGCUAUUUCAGAGCUGUUCGUCAGGAACCUGUCCAAUUUGGAGAAAUAGGUGGUCAUACCCAAAUCAAUUAUGUCCAGUGGUAUGAAUGUGGGACCACAAUACCUGGAAAAUGGUAGAUGCAACAAAAUUAUUUCCAAAGUACUUCUGGUUCAUUAUCGCAAAAAGAAACACUAGCAUAAGAAAAAGAACCCAUUGGAGACAGUGGUAUGUGCCACACCUAUGCAAAGCUAUUUUUGUUUACUAUGUGUAAGUUUGCAAUCUGAUAGAUGUUUAUUAUUAGAAAAGAUUACUGAGGAUAUUUAUCAGGUUUUUUACAAAGUCAUUUUUAAAAAGCAAGAUUAACAUUAAUAGAAUAACAUUUUAGGGAAGCUGGCUCCCUAGUCAUAUUUUAAAAGAUCAUUUGUAUAUUAUUUAUCACACUGUUGUAAUGUUUUCAGAUACUUUUAUAACAAAAUUGUCAAAAAUCUUUAAUCUUUAUAAAAAAUAUUUACUUUAUUGAUGUGUACGUGUUGUUGGUGAAUUAAUUCCAUAAAUCUCUUCUUGGUUUAACUUAUUGGAUGAAAUAAUCUUCAGCAUAUACAUGUGACAGAAAGUCGUUCAAAUACUUACGCUGAUGUAAACUUCCAUUUUAUGUAUGAAUGCUAAUAUUUCCAUAAGUUACCAGCAAGUUACUGCAAAAAGCCUGAAUCUAUACAAUUUUAUUUCAGUCAGAAACAACUGAUAAUCUGAUAUGUGUCAAAUGAUAAAUGUCUUUUUCUUCUGUACCCAUACUACAAAUACUUUCUCUAGCUCUUCCUUUAAGCAGGUUUUUUAAACGGCUCUAUGGUUCUAUUCAAGCUGUGUGUAGAGACUGAGUGUGAAGUCAGCGUGAAAAGAUAAUGCAUGGUGAGAAGCUAUUGUUUUAUAGGAUAUAGGAUAUAUUUAUAUGUUUAGGCCAUGAAUGAAUGUAUCACAGAAUGUUUUUGUGAAACUGUUUACUUAAGCUGUAACAAAACUGACUUAUUUCAUGGGAAAAAAAAAAAAAGCAUUGCUUUCCUUCAUGUGUGGGAGGGAGCCAAGAAAAUUAUUGCUUGCCGUGAAAAGACUUUUCUCUGUAUGUAUCUUUCAACAUGCUUCAGUUUUAUCAAUGCUACAUUUUGUAUUUUCAAACAAGUAUAAACACUGCAAUAAAAAGUAGGUUUUUAAAAACA